ACAAUUUCCAUUCUUUAUUUUUUCGAUUACUCGUUUUCUUGGUCCUCUCUCUCUCUCUCUCUCUCUCUAGUUACGGGACUCAAGUUUGCUGUCAUGAAAGGAGAGCUAUUUCUUAUUACCAGCGCACCAAGGAAACAACAACAACAAACACGUUGAAAAUCGAGGAUUAUUCCAAGACCCAUUUCCCCAGGUCGAUUUUCGCACGUGCCUUCGAACCUAUUCCCCCCAAGAUGGAUUCUCGUUGCAUUGAUGACAAAAAAGAAGACAAUGAAAUGAAAUCUGCCGAAGAAUUUGAAGAUAUAUUUGGAGAUCCAGAAGUGCUGCCUCGUGUUGGAGAGGAGUACCAGGCUGAAAUUCCUUCAUUAGUUACGGCACCUUAUCUUUCUCAGCUUGUAAACAAGGCAAGAGAUUCAGAAAUCACUGUCAUCGAGAAAGAGUCUAUGUCACUAGGAUUGCCCAUUCCUCUUAAGUGGGCACACUGCAAAUUUGAAGGUAGUUGUGGUUGUGGGACUUCAGAAUCUUUCACAAGUGAAGCAGGGCCAAUUAUUUCUGAGAAUGAAUGUCCGGCGGUUGAAGUGACACUUCAGACUGUUUCACAUGUAGGAGGGUUCUCAAAUUUUGAAUCAUCUUCUAAAAGUAAUGAGAAGAAUCAGCCAAGAGGGAAGUAUCUUCUCCCUGGAUUGUUGGAUGAUCAAUCUUGGACAGAUAUUGAAUACAACAGUUUUCUUCUUGGCCUCUAUGUAUUUGGGAAGAACCUUAAAUUUUUGAAGAGAUUUGUUGGGGGUAGAACUAUGGGAGACAUAUUGUUUUUGUAUUAUGGAAAGUUUUUCAAGUCUAAAGAAUAUUGCCGAUGGUCAGAGUGCCGAAAGUUGAGAACUAAGCGGUGUAUAUAUGGCCAAAAAAUAUUCACAGGAUGGAGGCAGCAAGAAUUGCUGUCAAGAUUAUUUUCCCGUGUGCCAGGGGAGUGUCAAACUACAUUGGUUGAGAUUUCAAGGAAAUUUGUGGAGGGAAAGAUGCCUUUUGAAGAAUAUGUAUUUGCUUUAAAGGAUGCAGUUGGCAUUGACUUGCUUAUAGCUGCAGUAGGUAUAGGAAAAGGGAAGCAAGAUCUCACCGGCACUGCUGUUGAGCCAACAAAGACCAAUCACACAUUCUCUGUUCGCCCUGAAAUUCCAAUUGGCAAAGCUUGCUCCUCUCUUACACCUGCAGAUGUAAUCAAGUUUCUCACAGGAGAUUUUAGGUUGAGUAAAGCUCGAUCCAGUGAUCUCUUUUGGGAAGCUGUUUGGCCUCGUCUGUUAGCAAAAGGCUGGCAUUCUGAACAGCCUAUAGAUCAAGUUGUUUCUGGAUCAAAACAAUCUUUGGUUUUUCUUGUACCUGGUGUUAAGAAAUUUUCAAGAAGGAAACUGAUAAAAGGUGACCACUACUUUGAUUCUAUAAGUGAUGUUUUGAAUAAAGUAGCAUCUGACCCUGGGCUUCUUGAGACUGAAAGUCAAGCAACUGAGGGCAGUGUAGAUAGGGAAAAAACAGAAGACAAAGGAGACCUAGAGGGUGUGCCAAAUAGGGAACAAGUUCAUUACCUUCAAUCUCAAAGUUCAAAGAGCUAUCAAGAUCUCACAAAAUUUACUAUUGUAGAUACCAGUAUGGUUCAUGAUAUGAAUCAGCGCAAAGUGACACAGAUGAGAAGCUUACCUUUUCAAACUAUAAGUGUAUCUACCAUCCCAAGCUGCUCUAGUGAAUCUGAGCUAGAUACAUCUGAAGAAUCAGAAGAUCAGGCUGAACAAGAUAAUGCUUCAAGCCCUAUUGAAGAUCGGGUUGAACAAGAUAAUGCUUCAAGCCCUAUUGAAGAUCGGGUUGAACAAGAUAAUGCUUCAAGCCCUAACAAAGAUAAACUUGAACAAGCUAAUUCUUCAUAUCCUAUUCAAGACCAGGUUGAACAAGGUCAUUCCUCAAACCCUAUUGAAGAAUUCUCUGAUAAGGGGUUGAGCAUAGACUCUUCAGAUUGUACUCAUGUUCCUGAAGCCCUCAACACCACCAAUGAAGUAAAAUAUCAUAGAUGUCAUUCUGAUCUGCAUAAUGAAGAGCAUUCAAGGGAGAUCAAUGAGCAUCCCUUUAUUCAAAAGAUGACAUCAAUGCAGAAGUUAAGAGCUUGUAACCAUGGAGAAUUUAACCACUGCACUGAAAGUACUUCUGUGGAUAGAAAGUUCGAUUUAAAUGAGCCAAUCUCACCAUCAAAUCUGCAUGAAGAAUCUGAUGGCAUGGUUUUGUCUAUGGGUUUAGAAAAUUUGCCUUUCCCAAGUUAUCUGGCUAAAGGCAGUCCAAACAUGAGCAAUGAAAUCAGUGUCCCUGAGAACCACCUGGUCGGAGAAGUUUCUGCAGAAAAUUCUGAAACCAGGAUGUUGAUUGACUUGAAUUUUCCUCAAGUUUCACCUGAGUUAGGACUUGAAAUGGAAAUUCCAUCCUCUAUGGUCAGAAUGCAAAAUGACAAUCAAUGUGCAAAUACAUCAUCUUCUCCAUCUGAGAUAACCCAGUUCAAUGCCGCACAGGAGUUUCCUGAUGGUAAUAAGGAGCAGCAGUCUAGCCUUGUCAACCGUCGCCAGAGCACAAGGAACCGGCCAUUGACCACAAAAGCAUUGGAAGCUCUUGAGUACAGGUUUAUCAAUUCAAAGAGGAAAAGAAAAAACACAGAAUGUUCAGACAAUAACACAAAGUCCAAAUGUGUACGUGUAAGUAGUGGGACAAUUAUUAGUGCCACUAGUGAUAAUGGCAUUGAGGAUUCUAUGGCUGAUACAAGAGCAGAGGAAGAGAAUGUUAUCCAGGCAUAUAGUUGUAGCAUCAAUCUGAAUGAAGGUUCACUAUAAUUUGUGAAAAAGGUUGGGGUAGCUUCUUCUCGAGGGGUAUCAAGUUCAUAAAAAUUUCUGGUGUUGAGCCUAAACUGCUUAUAAUUUUAUUGUUUCAACUGUAUCAUAAAUAUACAUGAAGAAGAUCAAAGCCAUCAGUCCAUAUUCACUUACUCA